GCGGCGCGAGCGGGGCCUCACUCCACUGGAGAACGGUCUGGUACGAGAUAACGGGCGGGGAGCGUACGCGGAGCCACGAGACCACGGAGAACGGGUUCCCCCAAGUCACGACUCCAGAGGCGAGCAGAGACUAGCGGCCCGAGGCGACAGAGAGGACCUGAAGCUUGACGCCGUGCAUGUGGAGAGCAGUUUGUUGGCAGCCAGCGAGUGAAGCAGCUAGCCGUCGUUAGCCGGACUGGGUUAGCAGGCUAGCUCGCUUUUGUAAUCCGCCGGCCAGACACACGUCCGUGCACCGCGAAGCCAGGCCGACCCCGGACUUCCAGUGAGGCCGGACUACACCCGGGGAGGACAGAGCAGGCACCGGCGCUGGCAGGAGGCUGGUUCUGGGGGCAAGGCCAAAGGACCAGACUCAAUGAGUUUCCAGCGAAAUGUCCGAGAAGUCAGGGCAGAGCACCAAGGCAAAGGAUGGCAAAACAAAGUAUGCGACCCUUAGCCUUUUCAACACCUACAAGGGCAAAUCUCUGGAAACCCAGAAAACUGCAGUUGCUGCUAGACAUGGGCUCCAGAGUUUGGGAAAAGUUGCUGUUAGCCGGCGGAUGCCCCCUCCGGCAAACCUGCCCAGCUUGAAAGCCGAGAACAAGGGAAACGACCCUAACGUCAAUAUCGUCCCCAAAGACGGUAGUGGAUGGGCAUCCCGAACUGAGGCGGGAGAAGAGAGUCAACAGGAGACACCCCCACCUCAGGCCAAACCAGCAGCACUUCAGCCACCAGAGCUUUCAGUCGGGGGCAGUCGUUCCUGGGCAAACAGCAAGCAGACACAGCUCGACGGAUCUCCGCGCGUGAGCAGCCAUUUUCACCAGGAGUUUCCCAGCUUGCAGGCUGCUGGUGAGGCGGAGAAAGGAGAUGGUCAAGAGGAGGAGCCGUAUGGACCGGGCCCCAGCCUCAGACCUCAAAAUGUUGGCAGUUGGCGCGAGGGCGGAGGCAGGAAUUUGAACACUGCGCCCAGCCCCCUGGACAUGGACAGUAGGGUUCUGGAGGACGGGAACACGGCCUUCGGUACCGCUACGCCACCUGGGGAAGCUGAAGAACCUGGCCGAAAUGUAACCACUGAUGGUCAGAGGGAGAAGAGGGAUGGCAGGGAGAGGUUGCCCCCCUCUGGUCCUCCUCAACCGAAGGUUAAUGGCGGGCAGCAACCUCCCACGGGGGUAUCGCCCCACUUUGACCCUGCUUUCAGGAGCAUGAUGCCACCCUAUAUGUUCCAUGCCUAUCCCCAAAUGUCUUUUGGCCCUGGGCAAGGGAACUUCAGAUACCCAGUGCCACAAGAAGGAGCAAAGGGUCCUCGUUCAUCGCGACCCCAGCAGGCACCUUCCCAAGCCUGGCUCCAAGACCCAGACAGACCAUCGAUCAUCAGCGCAACUGAACUGAAGGAGCUGGACAACUUGGACACUGAUGCCGAUGAGGGCUGGGCAGGAGCUCAGAUGGAGGUGGAUUACACCGAGAAGCUAAACUUCAGUGACGAUGAGGAGAACCAAGCUGCUAAAGAAAAAGGAGAAAACUGGGAGUGGAUGGGUAAAGUGGAUCGCAUAAGGUCCCGGACAUCAGACACUCAGGAGGGUUGGAAGGAAGGAUCGGAGGACCGUGGGGGCAAUAAAACCUCUUGGGCAGACAGUGUGGAUCCUAGAGCGCCAUCACCGGGCAGCAUGGCACAGCCAUAUAAUAAAUCAGCAGCUCCACAAGACUACCAGGGUGGGAAUCGUACAGUCGGUGGCGCUCCACCCCGGGGAGGCAAACCACAAACGCCUGGUGCGGAUGAGGACUCUGAUGCUUGGCGACAGAAGCGAAAGAAGCCUGAAGUGUCUGAAGCUGUGGAGCGAGCUAGACGCAGAAGAGAAGAAGAAGAGCGGCGAAUGGAAGAACAACGGCUUGCUGCCUGCGCUGAAAAACUGAAACGUCUCAAUGAGAAACACCGACAGGUGAACGAGGGCAAAACUUCCACUGCUCAGGCCACCGUCGACGAGGCUGGAGCCAACCUCGAGGAAGCCUCCCUGUUAGCUCCCGCGCCCGUUUCUAGCCCAGCACCUUCAGUACCAGUUACACAAUCGCAAGCCCCAGUAAUUCAAGCUCCUCCAUCUGAGAGGGUGGAUCGUGAACGGGACAGGAUGGAGCGAGAGAGAUUUGAACCGAGUGCCGAGGAAGAGGUUCACUUGCCACGUCAGCCCAGUCCGCCUGUCCAAAGACCUGUGACUGUAGCCGUAGCUCCAGAGACCCCCAGUGAGACGGAGCCCUCCUUGGCUGAGGUCAGUCCCAUGAUGGAGGAAAAUCAGACUGAAAGAACAUCAGUGCAUAUCCGGGAUUAUUUUCACAUAGAAGACAAUAGAGCAGAUGAGCCACACUUGCCUCUGCCCCACAUGGAAGCUGCCAGUGGCGAGGAGGUCCCUGUUGGAUCCCCACAGCUGGAAGGAGAGGCAGCAGCUGCUAUGCGUCCCUCUCUCAUCUCAGGCUAUUCCAAACAGUUUCAGAAGUCCUUGCCACCUCGUUUCCUUAGACAGCAGGAGCAGAUGAAGCAGCAACAAUGGCAACAGCAGCAACAGCAGACCGGAGGCUCUGUGUCCCCAUCAGGUGGAAGUGUGCCUGCGACCCAACAGCAGCAGCAGCAGCAACAUCGAUCUAUGUAUCAGCCCAUGGGCCCUCACCACCAACACCUGGCCUCCAUGGGCUUUGACCCCCGCUGGCUCAUGAUGCAGUCUUAUAUGGACCCCCGCAUGAUGUCAGGUCGCCCUCCUUUGGAUAUGCCAACUAACCUUCACCCAGGGAGGAUGCCUCCAAAGCAGAUUGUGCGUAGAGAGCCCGGUGACAACUCCAGUUCAAGCUCUGACUCAUUUGAUCACUUGACCAGACCAAUCCGUGACCAUGGUUUACCUUCAGACUCCCGCAUGGUAUGGGGAUCAGAACCAUACCCGCAAUCUGAGCCAUUACCUUCUGUAACUCCUCCAAAGGGGCGAGAUGACAACAAGGAGCAAAGAUUGGACUCUGGUUUGGAUAUGGACAGGGGUCUUUCCUCCAUUUACCCCCAGGAUCACAGUGCAUUGGACUCUCGCAAAAGUAACUUCUUCCGGGACCCUUCAGAGUCCAUUUCACCAUUUACUCCGGGUCCGGAGGAUGCUUCAGGACCUCUAGAAAGAGUCCCUGUGGGCUCGGCCUUUGAUCCUGAGGAGCCAGGUUUGCCAAGUGGAGAGGAGGUUGAAGCUCUUGGUCAAGCUAUGCUCCAGAGGAGCGUCUCUCAAGGCUCCAGUCAUUCCCUCAAGCUUGAUGAGCCGAGGUUUGACGGUCUACCCCUCAGUACAAAGUCACUAGAGCUACAGGACAGCAGCGAUGAUAAGCCACAGAAUGAGCUGUAUUCCCAAGCUGCGGUCACGAGCAGCAGGGCCACACCUCCCGCUGAUGGAUUACACAAACAAGAGAAGCUUCCCCUGCCAGCUCCAAGCAAGCAGAAAUCUGACUUGCGCUGGGGUGGGAGAUCAGGGGCUGGACGAAGAGAAGGACCAGGGGGAGAGAGACCCAUACGCAGGUCUGGGCCGAUAAAGAAGCCUGUUCUGAGGGACAUGAAAGAAGAACGGGAACAAAGAGAAGAGCGAGAAAGGCGUCGUGAGAGGGGGGAGCGAGAAAGAGGCGACAGGUCCAAAAAGGAUCAGUCUUCCAAAGCCCCUUUUGCCGCCGCUGCUGUGUCCGAGAGCCCCAGACCUCAGGGAGAGGCAAAGAGAGAAUCCACGGAGGAGACACCAGUUGCACAUCAGAGGGCCAGAGACUCUCAGCCUUCAUCGGGAGUGCCCACCUCUUCCUCUCAGGAGGAGAAAGUAGACAAACCAUCCACCAUUGACAAACAUCCAGAACCCAAACUGCCCGUCAGGAAAGAGUCGACCCUUCCUCCACGUGCCUACCGACGAGAAGAGAGAGAUCGAGAACGGGAGAGGGAGAGGGAAAAAGAAAUGGACAAGGACAGAGACCGCGAGUGGCCCUCGGACUCGAAUUUCAAAGGACGUGGUCGAGGGGAAUAUUACUCCAGAGGCCGGAGCUACCGGGGCACUUACAGUGGCAGAGGAAGGGGAAGUCGUGGGAGAAGUCGGGCAGAAUACCCUUAUAGAGAGCCUCGAUCGCGCUCUGAUUUACCCUCUUGUGGAGGUACUGCGGCCUUUCGCAACAGGGAGGAAAGCGAGACGCGCAGUGAAAGUUCAGACUUUGAAGUUAUACCAAAACGCAGAAGGCGUCGUGGUUCAGACACGGACUCUGAAAGUGAAGGUGGGAGGGAGUCAGCCAGUGAUACAGGACCCUCUGAUCGCGAGCCUAGCACCAAACCUAGCCGUCCACUGCGGAGAGAUCUCCCAGGAGAGGGCCGGUCAGGCCUCAACAAGCCCGGCUUCGGACCGCCUCACUUGGGGGACAAGGUUGGAUCAAGAGGCGACGACGAAAGCCGACCGAAGCCUGGGUUCCUUCCUAAAGGUGAACCUUCUCGUCGAGGGAGAGGAGGAUUGUACAGCAGACGAGGUGGGCCGAGGGAGCGCGGUGGCCCUCGCGCCACCCCUCUCAGACGGUCAUCAGCCAGAGAGUCUUCGUCUCAGUGGCCUUCCAAACCCAUGGAGACAUUCAGGCCAGAGGACGCCGAAUCCACACAAAGAUAUGACAAUCCUCCCGGUGAAAGACGUCCACCAAAAUCCGAUGGCAAGAAAUAUGGAGAUGGGGGACCACAGAGUAGCAGAGAGAGGCCCCGUCGAUCCAGGCCCGCAAGACCCCCGAGGCAAGACAAACCUCCCCGUUUCAGGCGCUUGAAAGAGCGCGAGGCAGCAGUGUUGGCUAGUGGAGAGACUGCCCCAAGCCCCCCUGUUCCUUUGCCCUCUGUGCCUGCUGCUGCUGUCCCCAGCUCUGCCCCGGCCCCUGUUUCCCUCUCUCCAACUCUGUCCAGAGCUCCAGGAACCCCCCUAACUGUGCCUGCAGAAGUGCCAGCCACCGUACCUGCACCUGACCUGCCCUCUCCUUCAGAAGCGGCGCUGCCUGAGACCAGCAGCCCCACCAUCGCAGCAGUCGGCACUAAAUCCCCUGACCUGUCGAACCAGAACUCCUCAGAUCAAGCCAACGAGGAAUGGGAAACAGCCUCUGAAAGCAGCGACUUCAACGAAAGGCGAGAACGAGAAGAGAGGAAAGGUGCUCUGGAGGCUGCUAACGAAGCAGCCACAGCCUCUGCUCCAACACCUGCACCUCCUCAGGGCUCUUUGACCCCAAAUAAAAGCCCACUUGAUGGAGGAAUGACUCCAAAACGUGAAGGAGCUCCUGCAGCCAAGAGGAGUUUCUCCAAUCAGCGGCCAACAGAGAGACAAAACCGCAGAGGCAACAGCGGAGCCAAACCAGGCCGCAGCUACACGGGAGGCAAGGGCGAGAGGAGGGGAGGGGCUAAAGCAGGCCGCAAAGGACCUGGAGCCCAACAGAACUUGGAGGCAACCGCACCAGCAGCUGGAGGAUCAGCUCAGAGGCCUCCAAAAGAUCAGGCGGCACGUCGCAAGGAUGACGCCAAGCAGGCCACCAAGAAGCCCAAAGAGAACGCUCUUUCUCAGUUUGAUCUCAACAACUAUGCCAGUGUGGUCAUUAUUGAUGAUCACCCAGAGGUCACCACCACAGAAGAUCCACAGUCCAGUGCAAAUGAUGAUGGCUUUACAGAGGUCGUCUCCCGAAAGCAGCAGAAACGCCUCCAGGAUGAGGAGAAAAGGAAAAAAGAAGAGCAAACCACUCAGAAUUGGGGUAAAAAAGUUUCUGGCGAAAAAACAAGAGGAGGCGGGGGAAAACUGCCACCAAGAUUUGCAAAAAAACAGUCAUCGCAACAACAACAACAACAACAGCAGCAGCAGCAACAACAGCAGCAGCAGCAACAAUCACCGCCGCAACAACAGGCUUCACAGCCUCAGCCUUCUGUAGCCUCCGCUCCACAGGCCCAGCAGCAGCAGCAGCAGCAGCAGCAGCCCGCCAUUCCUGCUUCCCAGCAUCCUCACCUUCCCCCCUCCCAGCCCGCUGCAUCUCCUCAGACUCUGGAAGGAACAGUGGCCCCUCUGUCCUCCAUUCCCCCUGCUACUGUCGACUUCAGCUCAAAGAGCCUCCCCCCUGCACCAGCGCAGACACACAACACUCUGGGUACAGAACUGUGGGAGAACAAGGUAGCGGGCUCCACCGUCCUUCCUGACGUCAAGAAGCUAGGUCCUAUCAGCCCGCCUCAGCCACCUUCCGUGAGUGCCUGGAACAAACCUCUUACCUCCUUUAGUGGCACUGUCUCCUCUGAGGGUGUGAAGCCUGGAGCAGAGAGCAGCGUCGAGUUGGGAAUAGAAAGUAUUCAGUUUGGAGCUCCAUCGUCUGCAGGCAGCACUGACAGCGAUGGAGUUCCUGCUAUGCUAGAAAGUGGCUCUGAAAACAAACUACCUGCUCCCAAAGAACAGAGACAGAAACAACCUCGAGCUGGCCCAAUCAAAACACAGAAGCUUCCUGAGAUGGAACCUGUGGAAACAAAGGAGUAUAAGCCCGGUCCCAUUGGUAAAGAGCGCUCUUUGAAAAAUCGUAAGGCCAAAGAUGCACGUGGAGGCGAAGCGGAAGGAAUAGAGAGUGGCGUACCUGGAGCCGUUGUCAACCGAGCUGCAGACUCAAGUCCUCCUACCAGUGACGCCACUGUACCUGAGCUGGGAGGCGACAUCGAGGGCAUGAUCACCGUCCCGUCGGCGGAGUACAACAGCAACUCCAAGGAGUCUGUGACUGACUACACCACCCCCUCGUCCUCACUGGCUGAUAGUGUUCCCUCAGGAGGGAAUAAAAUGGAAGAGAGCUUGGUAGCCAACGUGGCGUUGCCUCACUCACUGCCUCUUCCUCGCCGAGAAACCCUGCAGCAGAGCACCAGUCUGAGCACCGUGUCGCCUGCCACCGUUGACCUAACACUAAAGAUGGAAUCGGCUCGUAAGGCGUGGGAAAACUCCCCGAGUCUGGAGAAGAAUUCCCCCGUCACAUCCUCCUCAUCCCCCAUUACCUCUUGUGCUUCCUCGUACUCAUCCUUCUCUUCAGCCUCGAUGCCACAGAUCCCUGUAGCUUCUGUCACCCCCAGCACCUCCCUGUCAGGUUCUGGUACCUAUACAACUUCAUCCCUCAGCACCAAGACAACCACAGCGUCUGACCCGCCGAACAUCUGCAAGGUGAAGCCUCAACAGCUGCAAGGCGGAGGCCUGUCGUCCUCCAGCAGUAGCAGCAGCAGCAGCAGCUUCUCUCAGCUCGGCUGUGUGCCUCCACUGCUCCCCCAGCAGCAGCAAACCCCGCAGGUGUACGUCUCCCAGUCUGCAGCAGGUUCUGCAGCUCAGAUUCCAGCCUUCUACAUGGACACGAGCCACCUCUUCAGCACCCCGCACCCUCGUUUGGCUCCCCCCUCCCUCGCCCAGCAGCAAGGCUUCCAGCCCGGCCUCUCGCAGCCAACAGCAGUGCAGCAGAUUCCCAUCCCGAUCUACGCUCCGCUGCAGGGCCAGCCUCAGCACCAACACACACACCAGGCGCAGCUCGGCCUGAGCACCGGGCCUCCGGUUUCACAGCCGCAGGACCUGUUCAGCUCCUCGCUGCAGCCCUACAGGUCUCAGCAAGCCUUCAUGCAGAGCAGCCUGUCGCAGCCCUCCAUGAUGCUGUCCGGACCUUCACUGCACAGCUAUCCUGGAGUGCAGGCGCCUGAACUGGGCAAGCCUCAGUCCAACCUGGCUUACCAGCAGCCAUCAUCCACCCAGCACAUUCCCAUUCUGUUUGAGCCACAGCUGAACCAGCCCUCCGGCAUGGGAGGGUCGCAGCUCAUUGAUACACAUCUGCUGCAGGCUCGACAAGGGAUGAAUCAGCAUUCAAACAUGUACUCAGGGCAGGUGCAGCAGCACGGGCAGAGCAGCUACUACAGCAACACCCAGUCACCCAGCUCUGCCAUGCAGCAGGUGACCGUCCCUCUGCCCGGCUCCCAGUUGUCCCUGCCGAACUUCGGCUCGGGUGGAGGUCAGCCCUUAUUGGCACUGCCUCCCACUCCGCCUCAGGCGCAGCCCCCCAACAUCAGCCGACAGCCUCCGGUCUCCCAGCCAUACCGAGGCAUCAUGGGCCCCAACCAUAACAUGAUGCAACCUCCCACCAGCAAGAUGGAUAUGGACCUGAAACUGUUUGGCAGCGGGAUGGAUGUGAAGCCGGGGACGCCGCCCGUCAGUGCCAGGAGUACAACACCCACCUCCAGCCAUUACAGCCAGUCCAGUAAAAUGAACAGCUUACUUUACCAGAAGCAGUUUCAGCCCAGCUCAGCCGGCAUGAGAAUGACGCAGCAUUUCCCUGGCCAGUUCAACCCGCAGAUUUUGUCUCAGCCCAGCAUCGUAUCUCCUCUGGUUCGACCUCCUCAUGCUAACUCCUUUGUUGGAGGUGUGCAGCGUUCUGCAAUGGGCCCUCCAAUGUCGCCUAACGUGAGUGGUGGCCUCAUGCCUCACCCCCGAGCCCAGCACCCGCAGCACAGCCAGCACCCUGCCCGAGGCCCCUCUGGCCCGCCGCUUGCACCCAGAGGCACGCAGGCAGCUCUGAAAGCCGAGCAGGACCUAAAGGCGAAACAGCGAGCUGAGGUGCUCCAGUCCACUCACAAGUUCUUCUCAGAGCAGCAGCAGCAGCAGAUGAAGGCCCCACAAGUCAAUAAAGCGUCUCGACUCGAUCAAGUGGGGAAGCCCCCGCUCGACGCUUCUUCCCCAAACCAUCAGCCCGGGGGCGAUCGCCCGGAUUCUGACAAAACCCCCGUGUCCACGGCCAAGCCCAUACGGACUGGCCCCAUAAAGCCGCAGGCCAUCAAACCAGAGGAGGGCAAGUAAUGAGCUCCUGACCCUCUCAGAUGAUGGAACGAAAGGAUGGAAGAGGAAGAGAGAAUCCAGCCCCAUUCACUCAGCCACCACCUCAUAUCAACACUGGAGGACAGCGUGGGGGGGGGGGGGGGCGGAUACGUUGGUUGGUGAUCCAGAUGGUAGUGGUCCUGACAGUAGGCACUGACGAGUGCAAACAAAAAUCCUUUCUCUUCUUUCUUCCUGUCUUGUCCCACGGUUCGUGUGGACAUUUGAGUUGGAUUCUUCCGUCAUAUUUAGAUGCUGAUUAAAAAUUGCUGCACAAGUUGUUCCAUAGAAAUCUACUUUGGAGGUAGAUAAAGGGGAGUUCAAGAGAGUAAAUAGAGAUUUGCUGCUGAGUUUUGCCAUUUUUUUUUUUUUUUAUAGCCCUCUCAUUUCUGUUCAUUUCCCAAGUAGGAUCGCACAUAUUAUAGGAGAAGCCUGUUCUGUUCAAGCAAAGAAGGAAUUAGGCUGGUUUUUGUAGUCAAAACACAAUCUUAGUUGUCAUUUAGCGAAGCACACUUUUUGUUGUCCGAUCUCCUGUCAUAACUAAUCUAGAGAUUUGUGCACAUGCCCGCACAUUCAACGGUUUUCUCACUGGGUUGCUGCACGGAGACCUGGGAUCUGAAAUUAUUUUUUUUGUUUUUUGGGUUUUUUUUUCUUUUUUGUUUUUGUUCCACCACAAUGGAAAUGUGAAAAGUUGCAGCAUUGAUUAAAUUCAUGAUUCGUCUGCCUGUGAGCCCUUGCUCCUGCCUUUUGCUCUCAUCUCCUUGCCUGAGAAAUAGACGCGUUGAGGUGUGUGUGUGUGUGUGGCGUGUGUCUGGUGUGUGCGCUCGUGGCAUAUGCAUGAGAGGAAGUGUGGGGCGCGUUGCUGGACUCUUCUGUUCAUUCAGCCAAAGGUUAAAGCAAGAGAAGAAGUCAGAGCAUUUGAGACUACACAGAUGAUGUAUGAUCACUACUUCAAGCUGUAUAGGCCUGUCACACACCCUUCCACUCCUCACACACCCAUCCUAUCCUGCCACACAUACACACUUAACUACAAAGCACCCAGACCUGCUGCUAUUGUCGGAUUUCAGUGCCCUUAGGUAAUGGAUAUAUCGGGGUAGGAAUUGAAGCGGCGAGUUGGAUUGUUGCAACGAUAGAAAAAAAACUCGUGUGUCGACCGUCACAGCGAAGAGCAACAGCGCAGGGAACAAAGAAGAAGAAAAAGUCAAAUGAGAAGCCUCAAGUUCGAUGCAUUAGGGCAGGAGGACACUGUUUUUGUCGUUAACAAUGAGAGCAAUCAAUGCUGUUUUGUCUCUGCCUCACCUCCGCUGGCUGUCUCACCCCACAGCGCUCUCAUCCUGGAGUUGUGCUGACGAGGAUCCUUCUGAAUUGUAUAGUAGUAUGCACCGUGAGGUGGUGAGGGGCCCCUCCUCACAUCGACCCUGCUGUGGAGAAAGGAUGAAUGGGGUGGGUGGGGGGGGCGCAAUGACGUUUUUCUUUUUUGUUUUUUUUUGUUGUACUUGUACAGGGGUUUCAUCGCUGUAUUAAAAUAUGUACGGUCUUAUUUACAUUCACUUGGUUUGGUUACAGAAACUAAUAAAAAAUAAUAUACUGUUGAGACGCU